AUGACUAAAUCAAAACGCGGGUCUUCACUCCCUCAGGCCCGCUCAUAUCACCACAAUCAUUAUCACCUACACAACAAACGCGCUGCGUCCUCCGAGAAUGUGCAUCACCACCACCGCCGCCAGGUAGACGAAGCUGAACCCAGCCCCACUCCCGAGUCCGCACCCAGUGCCGUGGCUUCUCAGAGAGUCGUCGUCCAGACCGUCUCCCUCAUACAAAUAGUUGAUGGCUCUGGUGCCCCAAUCGAAGUUCAGACUCACUACGCUCCUCCCGCCACCGUGUUUGUCGAUCCUUCGCCCAGCGCCAGUGCCAGCGCUGCCCUUGGCCUGUCCAUCGCCGCCAUAGGUCCCGACUCCUCGAGCUUAGAUGAAUCCUUGCAAUCGACUCCUGCGGCGACGACACCUUCACCCUCGCCCUCUGGUUCCGCCAUCAGUCAAGAGAUUCCCUUGACGACCGGUCCUUCAUCCUCACUGCCCGCAUCGGCGGUGCCAUCACCCUAUCUUUCCUUGAGCGCCCCGGUUAACUCAACCAUUCCAUUCCUUACCUCAACAAACUCAUCUUCAACAUCAGUCCUUACCGCAACCAGUUCUACAAGCCUCUUUUCCGGCUCUACAAGCGUAACGUCUUCAGUGCUUUCAUCGCUUUCUUCGACUUUUGAUUCAACUCUCAGUUCGGAUAGCUUCACUGCUACCAACACUUUCGCCACAAGCACAUCGACAGGCUCCGCUGAGACGACAGCCGCUGGAGAUGGAGGCAACGGCGGCGUCGGCGGCGUUGGAGGAGGCGGUCAAACAACGCCUUCAUCAACAUCCGGGGCCAGUUCAAGCAGCGAUACCUCAACCCCUUCGACUGGGACUGUUGUCGGCAGCGUAGUAGGAAGCGUAGCGGGCGUGGCGUUCAUCGUACUGCUUGCAUUUCUCGCCCUCCGGUGGAAGAAGAGCUCCGGCGGACGUCUUCGGCUAAGCGACAAUAGUGCGAAUGGCAAUCGGGGCAUUCUCACCGGUUCAGGGGCACCCGACGGCGGCAACAACGGUGGAAUGACCCAACAACGGUCCUUGACAUUCGGUUCGGCAGCGGUCGCAGGCGCGGUAGCCGCUGCCAAACCACCAUCUAGGAGAGCUAGCGAACCUUCUGAAACUGCUGAGAGAGGCUUUGUCAGGGUUGCUGGCAGGAAGCUGCCGUCGGUGCUCCAAUCCGGAGGCGACGGAUACACAGACCCACGGGAAGCCGCCGGGCAUGGGACCGCAAACGACGACGAAUCCGUUUACUACCGCGACUCCCAGGCCUUCUUCGACCCUAACGGUCAAGGACCGCCGAGGCUCGCGCUGGGUUCUCCCAUGAGGCCCGUUAGCGGUGUAAUUACCAUGCAACCGGGGCCGGCCCGGACACCGGUGACAGAAUCGGCCCCAUUUCCGACUCCCCCUCCUGACUCGACCCUCUCGCCGUUACAAGCCCCCGCGCGAGACCCCAUUGGCCGGUCUUUGACGUCACAGGACGGGUCGCGGGGCUCCCGAGGUUCGGCCUCCAGGUUCCACGAGGCCAUGUGA